CCCCGAGGGCGGGACGCGGCCAGGGGAGCCGCGCUCUGCGCUCGGGGGCGGGUCCCGGCGACCGCUCCCUCCGCCCGCGGAGUCGCCGCCGCCGCCUGGCUGCGCCCCAGCCCGGCUGCUCAGACGCGGCCGCGUCCCCGUGGACCGUAGAGGCGGCAGCCAGCUAGAGCCCGCGACGCAGCUCCGGCCCCCGAGAGGCUGGGCGAGCCCGAGCGCGAGGGGACCCGGCCCGGGCGCGGCGGGCGUCUCUGCGCGCGGGGUGAUGGUAUACUGAAAAGCCAGUCCAUCAAGAGAAAUCUGGGGGAAGCUGGAAACCGUCAAGUUAUUGAGGCCACACAGGAGGCAGAAAAGAUAGAGGAAAGAAAGUUUAUCAGAGUUUCUUCCUAAACCUGUCUUAGAAAUAACAGCAUAUUUUAAUCAGAGAUUUCCCCUGGGCCACAGGCUGCCAUGGAUGUGCACCUCGAUGCCCUUGAGGGUCAGGAGAGCGCAAGCAACAGCAGCAAGGGAAGCAGCAACACAGGAGACAAGCAAGAUGUUGCUAUGAGGACAGAUUCCUCAAAAAUGACUGAUGUGGAGCCCGUGGUCAACAAUUUUGCAUCUUCCGCAAGGACAGGCCGCCGGAAUGCUGUACCAGACAUCCAGGGCUCAGCUGCGACAGGCGGAAGCUCAGAGCUGCCCCUCAAAUUGGAGGCCCUCUCUAUGAAGGAAGAUGUGAAAAAGAAAGAGGAAGAAACAACACAAGAUGAAUUGGAAAAGCCCAAAAAUGAAGAAAAAUGAAGGCUUAUAACCUAUCAAGAGUGCUGAAUUUCUGCACAUUGGAAGACCUGGUGGCUCUGCUUUCCUGAGAUGUUUGACCUAUUAGUAACUAUGGUAACACUGCAGCCCUCAGCAACAUGUGUGUGUUAGAUCAUUUUGUUGUGAUGCUACUCAGUUGGAUUGCAACCAUGAUGUCCAACGUAGGUUAUUAAAAGGCAGACCACUUGCGAAUUGCACCCAAAGAAAAGGUUAAGAAUGUAUGGUCACUUAAAUACAUAUCAUUGUCUAUAAACCCUACAAAAUACACUGUUCUCUUUUGGAUUUAUUUAGCCAGAUAUAUUUUUAAUUCCAUUUUUAUGAUAACGGGUAAACCAUUUCUUGGUAAAUAUAAACCAAGCACCAUUAAUUUAUAACUUUAUGGAGUAUGUGGGGAAUUAUGGUUUUUGGUGAAAAGGUAUAAUAGAAAAGUCAAGAACACGUGGAU